AUGUCAAACCCUAAACAAAAGAGAACAGCCGCUAAAGGCGCCCUUACACGUUUCACGACUUACUUCAAUAACAUUAAAUCGCUCACACCCGAUCAAAUAAAUAUCUGUGAACUGCAAAUCAGGUUAAAUGCAGCUGAAAAGUUGAUACAUGAUUUCAAUAAUGCUCAGUCGGAAAUAGAAUCCGCGGAUCAACAAUAUGACGAUAACAUAGAUACAUUACACGCUACAGAACGUGAAACUUUCGAAAAUCUCUUUUAUACAGUCACAGCAAAUGCUACGAAAUUCAUAUUUGAUUGCAAUAACGAUCAAAAUUCAGCUAAGGCGUGUACCUCCAAUCAAAUUUCUACCAACGACAUAAAAUUACCUUCACUCAAUUUACCUAGCUUUGAUGGAGCAUACGACCAAUGGCUUUUUUUUCGGGAUACUUUUAUUUCAAUAAUUCACCAGAACUCUUCCUUGUCAAACAUUCAAAAAUUUCAUUAUCUGCGCCUUUCUUUGAAGGGUACUGCCGCAGAAACGAUCAAAGCCUUAGAAAUAUCUGCUAAUAACUAUGAUGUUGCCUGGAAACUCAUCACUGAACGUUUUGAGAACAAACAGAUUUUAGUAAAUAAUCACAUAAAGCAUCUUUUCAAUUUGCCUAACAUUUUGAGAGAAUCUAAUCAAGGGCUUAGACAACUUUUAGAUGGAUUGCAAAAACACUUAAGAGCACUUGAAGCACUUAAACUUCCCAUUGAUAAAUGGGAUGCAUUAAUAAUUUACCUAAUAUCGAUAAAAUUAGAUCACGCUUCCAGGCGUGAAUGGGAGCUAUACAACAAUUCGCCAAACUUACCGUCACUCAGUGAAUUCAUUGAUUUCCUAAAGGGUCGCUGUAGAUUUUUGGAAUCUCUUGAGUUGAAUAAUGAAAAUAUGCAGCAUAAGGUCCAUAAUAAACAACACACUAAUAUGAACGUAAAAACAUCCAGAUCGUUUGUGACCACUCAUAAUCAUUCCUGUUCAUUUUGCAAAAACGAUCACCUAAUUUACGCUUGUCCCGAAUUCUUGAAAUUAGAAUCCACUUCGAGAUUGAAUGAGACCAAACGAUUGAGAUUGUGUGUAAAUUGUCUACGAGUGGGGCAUUUAACAAGAGAGUGCAGAUCUGCUGGUUGUCGAAAAUGCAACAAACCUCACCACACUCUUCUUCACUUUAACAAUAGAGCAGACACUUCAACAUCAUCUGCAUCUACACAACGCUCUUCCAAUUCUGAAAUUCAAUCUACUGCAUCUAGUUCACAACAAAAUACUUCCGUGAAUAACUCUGAAAUAGCUCUCACAUCCACGAAUACCUAUAUGAAACCCAUUGUUCUACUUUCCACAGCACUUGUCGAAAUCUUAGACAAACAUGGUAAUCCACAUGACUGCAAGGUUCUGCUCGACUCUGGAUCACAGAGUAACUUUAUAUCCGAAAGAAUAUGCAAAAUACUAGGUUUACAAAUGAAUAAAAUUAAUUUCUCUAUCUCUGGAAUCAACCAAGUCAAGUCCAACAUCAACUACACGACAUUUGCAAACAUUCACUCCAAAACAAACGAUUAUCAAACAACACUACCAUGCUUCGUUCUCUCAAAUAUUGCUGGUAAUUUGCCUUCCUUCACAUUCAAUAAAAAUAUUGUGAAACUCCCGCAAAAUAUUACUUUAGCUGAUCCAAAUUUCCAUGAAUCCACCCCUGUUGAUUUACUAAUAGGAGCUGAAAUCUUCUGGGAACUUGUCAGUAUUGGUCAAAUAAAACUUGGCAAUGGCCAACCAAUUCUCCAAAAAACCAAACUAGGUUGGAUUCUUUCGGGACCAAUUCAAACGAAAAAGCAAACAAAUCCUGAAUAUCAGUGUAACCUCAGUAUUAAUACCCUCGAAUUGAACGAACAACUCUGCAAGUUUUGGGAGAUUGAACAAUGUCCGGAAGUGAAGUACGUUUCCGAAGAGGAGAAUGCUUGCGAAACUCACUUUAAACAAAACAUAACUCACAGACCUGAUGGACAUUUUUCAGUAUCUCUUCCCCUAAAAGAAUCACCUGUAAAACUGGGCGAUUCAAAGACAUCUUCUACCAACAGAUUUCUUGCCCUGGAACGAAAACUACUUAAAAAUCCAGAAUUACAGGCCCAAUAUCAUGAUUUUAUCAAAGAAUAUCUUACAUUGAAUCACAUGUCUCUAACUGACAAUCAAACGGACGAAUCUGGUUUUUUCCUUCCCCACCAUUGUGUCCUGAAAGACAACAGCUCUACCACAAAGCUACGUGUUGUCUUCGAUGGCAGUGCAAAAUCCUCUUCUGGUCUGUCCCUCAAUGACAUUUUGAUGGUAGGUCCAACCAUACAGGACGACUUAUUCUCAAUAGUUCUACGAUUCAGAAGACAUAAAUUCGUUCUUAGUGCCGACAUAACCAAGAUGUAUCGGCAGGUCUACAUCAACCCCGAACAUCGUUUUCUGCAAAAAAUUCUUUGGCGUUUCAAUCCAAAUGAGAAAAUCUCAACCUUUACUCUCAACACUGCUACUUACGGAACUGCCUGUGCAGCUUUUCUGUCUAUUCGAUGCCUACAUGAAGUAGCGUAUCUUCAUCAAGUUGAAUUUCCGAAAAUUGCUUCAAUCAUACUGCAGGAUUUUUAUGUAGAUGAUCUACUUACUGGAAGUGAUUCACUCGAAGAACUUCUUUACAUAAAACGAAUUUUAUCCAAUCUUCUUGAACAGCACGGUUUUACCUUGAGAAAAUGGGUAUCAAACUUUCAAGAAAUACAAUCACAGGAAGACUUUCUACUCACCAUCGGCAGUAGAGAACAAAAUAAAACCUUAGGCUUACUAUGGAACUCUUCCUCUGAUGUUUUAACCUAUACUAUCUCCAGUAAUCAUUUUACCGAAAAAAUCACAAAACGUCAAAUACUGUCAUCCAUUUGCCAAAUUUUCGACCCACUCGGGCUUCUCUCACCUGCUACGAUUGUUGCCAAGAUCAUCUUGCAACAACUGUGGAAAUUGAACAUCUCUUGGGAUGAAAGCAUUCCCAUGGAUCUACAUUCGAAAUGGCUAUCCUAUCGUUCACAUCUCAACAAACUGAAUGAGAUUAAAUUCCCUCGACAUAUUCAAUGCAGCGAUUCUACUUCGAUAGAAUUACACGGUUUCUGUGACGCCUCAGAAGCUGCAUAUGGGGCAUGUGUAUUCAUUCGUUCUAUUGAUGCUUUCGGCAAUUAUACUUGCAACAUUCUUUGUGCAAAAACGAGAGUUGCACCUUUAAAACAAAUCACAAUACCCAAACUGGAGCUUUGUGGAGCCACACUGUUGUCUGAUCUCAUGAACAAGGUGAAGGACUCAAUCAAAAUAUCAUUCAAUAAAACAUACUAUUGGAGCGACUCCACAAUCGUAUUAGCUUGGAUAAGAUCUUCUCCGAGUUUAUUGAAAACCUUUGUUGCCAACAGAGUAGCUCAAAUUCAGAAUUUAACCGAUCCCGAUUGUUGGAAUUACAUAAACACCUCAGAAAAUCCCGCAGACUUACUGUCACGAGGAGUACCCCCUACAAAACUCAUUAAUUCCAGUCUUUGGUUUCAUGGUCCCAAGUGGCUUGUCCACUCGGACAGCGAUUGGCCAAUGAAUGAACUUUCAAUCCCUACACCAAAUGAUCUUCCCGAAAUGAAACAUAUAAAGACUUUUCUCAGUAUCGAUCAAAACUUCCUGGAAAAUAUCGGCAGAUUUUCAUCCUUCUUGAAAUUACAAAGGACAUUCGCCUGGAUAGUUCGUUUUAAAAAUAACCUCAAGACUGAACCCAAUUCCAGAAAACUUGGUGUUUUAAUGCCUUCAGAACUCCAAGAAUCCUCGAAUCUAUUGAUACGCAUUGUCCAAAGGCACGCUUUCCCUCGAGAUCAUAAUGCUCUUUCCAAGGGACACAACGUCAAUUACAAAGGUAAUCUCGCAAGUCUGAACCCAUUCUUGGACAGUGAACAAAUCAUCAGAGUUGGUGGUAGAAUACAAAAUUCGGACUUCCCCUUCCGCAAAAAACACCCAGCCGUGCUACCAGCCAACAAUCAUUUCACGACUCUUUUAGCUCGACAUGAACAUAUUCGCCUAUUGCAUGCCGGUCCACAGCUAUUAUUAGCAUCUCUAAGAGAAAGAUACUGGCCAAUCUCUGGUCGAAAUCUCGUAAGGAAAGUCGUACACGAAUGUACACGAUGUUUUCGCUUCCAAGCGAAACCCGAACAAUAUCUUAUGGGCAAUCUUCCCAAAGAACGAGUUUCGCCAUCGCGUCCAUUCUCGAUAUCUGGCAUUGACUAUGCAGGUCCAUUUUCAAUCAGAGACAGAAAAACAAAAAAUUAUAAAACUACGAAGGCUUAUAUAGCUCUUUUUGUAUGUCUCAGUGUUAAGGCAAUUCAUCUAGAGGUUGUGAGUGAUCUAACCUCCGAAUGUUUUUUAGCUGCUUUGAGGAGAUUUUUUGCGAGACGUGGAAAAUCGGCUACCUUAUUUUCAGAUAAUGGCACUACAUUUGUAGGGGCGAAUAAUGAAAUAAAAAACUUCUUUAAACAUAAUAGUGAAAUCAUUGCAAACAAUUUAACCUCUGAUGGAAUUUGCUGGAACUUCAUUCCGGCAAAGGCACCCCACUUUGGUGGUAUUUGGGAGGCUGGUGUAAAAUCAGUGAAACAUCAUCUAUAUAGGGUGAUGGGAGAUUCAAAAUUAACCUACGAAGAAUUUUCUACGGUAUUAUGUCAAAUAGAAUCUUGCUUGAAUUCCCGCCCACUUUAUCCUCUUUCUAAUGACCCAAAUGAUACAUUACCUCUCACCCCUGCGCAUUUCUUAAUUGGUGGAUCUUUAAACACCAUACCUGACCACAAUUUGCUAGAUACGAAAAUGAAUCGUCUCUCACGAUUCCAAAGAUGCCAGCAAAUUCUGCAACACUUCUGGACCAAAUGGAAAAAUGAAUACAUAUCCAGCUUGCAACAGCGUACGAAAUGGAAGGAGCGCUGUAAUGAUUUGCUGAAGAUUGGUGUUCUCGUACUGUGCAAGGAAGAUGGGCUUCCCCCUCUAAAAUGGAGAAUUGGGAGAGUCAUCGAGAUCCAUCCGGGAAAAGACAACAUCAUCCGAGCCGUCACCAUCAAAACCGCCACUGGUAUCUUCAAACGACCAGCGGUGAAACUGUGUGUCCUACCAAAUCAAGAAUAG